AACAUCGCCGCACCACCUCAGACAGGAAAAAUGUCAGUUACUCUCCAUACGUCGCUAGGCGACAUAAAGAUUGAAGUCUACUGCGAAAGUGUGCCCAAGACGGCCGAGAACUUCCUUGCCCUCUGCGCAUCAGGCUACUACGAUCAAUCACCCUUCCACCGCCUUAUCCCAAAGUUCAUGACACAGACUGGAGCUCCCGCGACACCGAACCCCCCAGAGAACCCCAAGGGCGGACGCAGCAUCUGGGGAGGCGCGUUCGAGGACGAGAUUCGACCCGCGUUGCGACACGGCGCGCGAGGUGUCGUGUCCAUGGCCAACAAGGGACCCGGAACCAACGGCUCGCAGUUCUUCAUCACCUUUGACAAGGCGCCGCAUCUGGACGGCCUCAACACCAUCUUUGGACGCGUCAUUGGAGACGAGGGCCUGGCGACCUUGGCCAAGAUGGAGGCUGUCGAGGUUGAUCGGAAGAACAGGCCCAAGGAACCCAUUCGGAUCGAAAAAGUUACGAUUCACGCCAAUCCGAUAGCUGGCUGAGCUAAACGGCACCACAUCAUGCUGGUUUCAUCUUCACAUCACCCACUUGACCUGUCGACAUUGUCAGGUCUCAUCUGCGCCGUUGAGGAUCGCCGACGAGGCCAACCUAUAAGCUGCCCGCACUGUCACAUCAAACAAGACGAAGUUUUGAAUACAUGUUCACAAAUCUACCACACGGGACACUUGAACGGGAAAAGAAGUGCAUUCUCAAUCUAAUAUGGUAUCCCCCUUUCCUCGCCGAAAGCCUCAUCUCUCGAAUCAACCCCAGACCAACGUCUCAAAACACUCUUUCUUGAUCAUCGUGUAUUGGAGACC